GCCCAUCGCGGGGAGACGGGGCGAGGGUGACGCGAGUCAGGAGUUUGAGACCAGCCCGGGAAGUCGUGGGAGCCCCGCCCGCACCUGUGGCGUGGCGCGCGCUGGAUUCCAGGCUGUGAGGCUCCGGGCCAGCCCUGGGCGCACACCCGGGAAGCCCGGCCCUGGAAGGGCCCAGCUGCUAAGGAAUGCCCAAGAAGUUCCAGGGAGAGAACACCAAGUCGGCAGCGGCCCGGGCAAGGAGGGCUGAGGCCAAGGCAGCAGCCGAUGCGCGGAAGCAGAAGGAGCUGGAGGAUGCCUACUGGAAGGACGAGGACAAACACGUCAUGAGGAAGGAGCAGCGCAAGGAGGAGAAGGAGAAGCGGCGGCUGGAGCAGCUGGAGCGCAAGAAGGAGACGCAGCGGCUGCUGCAGGAGGAGGACUCCAAGCUCAAGGGCGGCAAGGCCCCGCGCGCCGCCGCCGCGCCCGGCAAGGUCACGCGCGCCCAGAUCGAGGACACGCUGCGCCGGGACCAGCAGGCCAGCCCUGUGCGGGUACCAUAUCUGGGGCAGAGCUGGACAAAGGGGGCUGCGGCCUGGGGGCAUAGCCUUGGGCGAGACCGCGUUGCUGGGGACCGCACCACCAUGGCCGGGCUGAUGGGGUCUGGGGUGACCCCCGGGCGGGCUCGCGAGCCCCGCCCCACCCCCUGACGCCCCCUGCCCACUCGCAGCGUGGCGGAGGAGGCCGACCGGCACCCCGAGCGCCGCAUGCGAGCGGCGUUCGCCGCCUUCGAAGAGGUCCAGCUGCCCCGACUGAAGCAGGAGAACCCCAACAUGCGGCUGUCCCAGCUGAAGCAGCUGCUGAAAAAGGAAUGGCUGCGCUCCCCGGACAACCCCAUGAACCAGCGGGCGCUGCCCUUCAACGCCCCUAAGUGAGCGGAGCCGGGGCGCCGCCCCACGGCCCAGCCUCCACCCCGCCCCGCGCCCUCCGGCCGGCCGGCUCCCAGGACUGCGGAGUUCGGGGCCCCUGGCCCCUUCCGGGGCCCGCGCCAGCACCACCGCCCCCUCCCGCCGGAGGGCCCCGCUCCGUGACCCUGUCCCCGUGCGCGCACGCCUAGAGCCCCGGAGCCGAGCUCCCAAUAAAGCG